AUGCUCGGCAGUGCUACGCCGGCGGCCGUCGGAUCUGGAGGGGCGGAUGCUGCGGCGAUCUCUGAGGGGAACGGCUCUGGGUGGGUAAAUAUUCCCCUUCAACCCAUGGUUUCAGGGCAACCGCCCGUUGAAGAAGACGUCGACGGUGCAUACGUGCCUACAGCGGAGGAGGUGGCAGCUGCAGCAGCGGAUUCGGCUGGCGAGAACGAGGUGGAGGUGGAGGUGCAGGUGGAGGAGGAGGGGGUCGGGGAAACUAGUGUAGGACGCGGAGGAGGAAGGAGUGCACGGGGACGAGGUCGGGGUCGGGGACGGGCUGGCCGGGUGCAGGGUCGUUCAAGCGAAGGAGCAACUGCUGUCCACGGUGAGAAUCGCGCCGGCGGUACCUCGAGAGGUGGACGAGGAGGUGGGCGGGUUGGUAGUGCUGCACAGGGGGGUGGCGACGGUAGAGCGGAGGGUUCAGCCCCAGUAGAGGCAGGCCCGUCACGUGGCAGCGCACAGCGCAACGAUGGGGGUGGGGGGACGCCGGUGCGAGCUGCUGGCACCAGUCGGGGCGGAGGGACGUCGGGCGGCAGGCCGCGUAGGACGAAGUGUCCGAGGGAGGUGACGCCUACGGAUCCGGUUGUCGAGGAGUUGGCUGGAAAAUCCUACCCGGGGUUACUUGUGGGAAUGUUUGGCGAUAUGGUCGAUGAUUGCCGUGCGUGUCGUAAAUGUGGGGACUUGCUUGCUUCGGGGUCGGUCGUGCCCGAUGGGGAUGGAGCAUGGGAACACGCGGCAAGCUGGCCGAACAUCCUAGCCACGGCUACGGGCGGAACCGCGGAGGGGGUGGGGGGGUGCGCGAAUGGUGGGAUUCGUGCUGCCAGCAUGUCCGCAUACAUCACCCCCCGGGUGCAGGAGGACGAGUUGCGCUCUGCACUGGUGGAGUUGUUCGCCGACGCCGAUUGUUAG